UGCUCGGAGGCGCUUUCCCUGCCAAGGCUCUGGCUUCGGGCUGGCCGAGGCUCGGAGGAUUUGCAUGCUUUGGCUUAACCCUCCCGGGCACGGCGAGGCAGCGGCAGGGCCCUGGCCGGAGGCACGGCGACCACGCACCUGGCUCUUCCUGCUGAGCUGGGCGCGCUUUGCUUUUAGCGUGGAAAAACUGACAACGGCUGGAAAAUGACCGUGGCCACACCCCGGCGUUGGAGGAACAGGCUUGAUUUCUCUCCCCUCGGCGCCAGACGCGGCCGGUGGCGGGGCGGACGCUGCUCCACAAGCGUUAAUGCCCACGGCCGCCGCUCAGGGCGGCUUAUCUGGGCCCGGCGCGCAGGUUAGCGGGGCGGCGUUAGCAUGGCCGGGGGCUGGCGGGUGAAGGCGCAGGCGGGGGGGAUGCUGCUAGCCCUCCUCGGGUGGGUCUCCUCCUGCGUCACCACCUUCGUGCCGCUCUGGAAGAGCCUCAACCUGGACCUGAACGAGCUGGAGGUGUGGACCAUGGGGCUCUGGCAGGUCUGCAUUGCCCGGGAGGAGGGGUCGGUCGAGUGCCGAGCCCACGGCUCCUUCCUGGCGCUGCCGCCGGCGCUGCGCGUCUCCCGCCUCCUGAUGUGCCUCUCCAACGGGCUGGGGCUGCUGGGGUGCCUCCUCGCCGCCCCGGGGCUGCAGGGCUGGAGGGCCUGCGAGGACAAACCCGGGCUAAAGCGGCGGCUCCUGCUCGCCGGGGGAGCUGCGUUCGGCACGGCGGGGACGGGCACCCUGGCGCCGGUGUCCUGGGUCGCCUACAACACCGUCCUCGACUUCUGGGACGACACUGUCCCCGACAUCGUCCCCCGGUGGGAAUUCGGGGAGGCCAUCUUCCUGGGCUGGUUCGCCGGAGCCUUCCUCGCCGCCGGCGGGCUGCUCCUCGCCUGCAGCGCCUGCUCCACGAGGACAGCAACGCCGCCGGCCCCCACCUGCCGCCAGCCCCCCGUCACACGGGGUCCUGCCGGGGGCCACCACCCGCACCCCAAAAACGCAGACCUGGUCAUCUAGGGACUCGGGGCACUGCGCCCCGCGCGCCUCCCGUUGCAGGGACAGCUCCUGCACCUUUUACCGUGCCCUUCGCCAACCCCUCCGGCAGCCUUGCAGGCUUUUUUCCCUUCCCUGUGUACCUGCUUUACUUCUUUUUUUUUUAAGCAGCAGGGGCUUUUCCCGCAGCACUCGCCGAGCGAGCGCGGGAAGGCGACAAGGCAGAGGCAGCGCGGGGGGCAGCGCUUUGCA